UAGCCGUGCAACUUGUGCAACCGCGUCUAGACUCUCUAAAAUUUUCCAACAUUUCACCAUCAAACACCACCACAAGAACAAAAUCAAAAUUUCCAUGAAACUCAUCAGCCUUUCCCAUUUCCAAUUAAAUAUCGUCGGCCACCACUUUUGCAUCUUUUAGCUUCAAAAACAUGGCUUCUCCGAAAGAACAAGUCAAGCCUUUAGCCCCAGGAAACUCACACCAUCUCCGCAGUGAUGAAGAGGAAGUUGGCUCCUUGCACAUAAAGCUCGGGCAAAGAAAAUACGUACAAUGUUGCGGCUGUGUCUCUGCCGUGUUCUUAAUCAUAGCUGUAACAGCCAUAGUCCUCGGAUUCACCAUGUUUCACGUAAAGGAUCCGAAGAUCAAGAUGAACGAGGUCACAUUCCAACGGCUGGAGUUUUCCAACCGAACCCUACGUGCGGAUAUUAAUAUAACACUUAUUGCGGAUGUCUCCAUCAAGAACCCUAACGUGGCAUCUUUCAAGUAUAGCAAUGCCACCACUAUGGUUUACUACAGUAGGACGGAGGUCGGCGAAGGGAGGACUCCGGCGGGAGUGGCAAAGGCGAGGCGGACGUCGAGGAUGAAUGUUACGGUGGAUAUUGUUCGGGGGAAGAUCUUGGGCGUGCCGGGGUUCGUGAGCGAGGUGGCUACGGGGGAACUGACCAUGACGACUUAUACGAGGAUUCAGGGUACGGUGAAAGUCGCCACGGUCAAGAAAAAUGUAGUGGUUGAAUUGAAUUGUACCGUACGGUACAAUUUUUCAAGUGGGAAGAUUCAAAGAAAAGAUUGCUAACGGAGGGUUCGUCUUUAAUGAUUAGGAUUCAUUUUUGUUGUACUUUUUUCGGCUGAAAAUUGGAUCAAGUUAAUCUUAUACCAACAGGAUCCACUUCGGAUCCUCUUUGUGAGGAUCCGGGGAAUCCGUGAAUCGUAUAUGUUUAUCAUACAUCGUGCGGUCAGUUUUUGUUAGAUACUGUUUGUAUUCAAUUUUAUAUAAAAAAAAUUUAAAAUGAUUACUAACCGUACGAUA